AAACUGACAAAGUUAUUUGGCGGCAAAAUACGCGUUUCGUGCUCUUGUGCAAGAUUUUCUUUUGUGCCUCUCCCAGUGAAUUUUGACCGAUUUUAUUCAAGAAAAACUUAUAAAGUUUGUGAAAAACACCUUUACAUCCUCACCAAUUAUUUUUCCACACCAGACGAUAAAAGAAAAUAGACGAAAAUGUUUGAGGCACGAUUGACUUCCGCAACAACCCUCAAGAAAGUCUUGGAUGCUAUUAAAGAUCUCCUGAAUGAGGCAACCUUUGAUUGCAAUGACUCUGGGAUUCAGUUGCAAGCAAUGGACAAUUCUCACGUUUCCCUCGUCUCCCUGACGCUACGGGCAGAUGGAUUUGACAAGUACAGGUGCGACAGGAACCUCUCGAUGGGAAUGAAUCUAGCCAGCAUGGCAAAAAUCAUGAAAUGUGCCAACAAUGACGAUACUGUGACCAUGAAGGCGCAAGACAAUGCUGACACCGUGGUCUUUAUGUUUGAAUCCCAGAACCAGGAGAAAGUCUCAGACUACGAGAUGAAGCUCAUGAAUCUCGACCAGGAGCACUUGGGCAUUCCCGAAACUGACUACGCAUGUGUCGUCCGGAUGCCGGCAAUGGAGUUUGCACGCAUUUGCCGUGACCUUUCGCAAUUCGGGGAAUCUCUGUCGAUCAGCUGCACCAAGGAGGGUGUAAAGUUCUCCGCGAGCGGUGAUGUAGGUUCAGCCAAUAUCAAGCUGGCCCAAACGACGAGUGUGGACAAGGAGGAGGAAGCUGUCAUCAUUGAGAUGCAGGAACCAGUAUCUCUCACCUUUGCCUGUCGCUAUCUAAAUUCCUUCACGAAAGCCACUCCACUCACAUCACAGGUUCAGCUGUCUAUGUCUCUGGAUGUGCCACUAGUGGUUGAGUACCGAAUCCAGGAUCUCGGCCACAUUCGCUACUAUUUGGCGCCCAAGAUUGAGGAUGAUGAGAAUUAAGGUAUAUUAGCCCGGACUGUCCAGUGAGAUCAUACAGCAUUUUUGAACAAUCCGACUCUGUCUUGUAAUUCGUCGUAUUCAAAUUGAAGGAGAAAUUCAUAACUAAUUUUUAAGAUGAUAAUAAAAUAAAAUUAUUUCACUGAA